UUGAUAACCAUUGAAAGACUAAAUACAAAUUAUAACUGUUCUAAGGCAUUGAAGAUUGUAAACGUUUGCGAGAGAAGAAGGUUAUGGCAAAAAUGGAUUUAUCAUUGUUAAAAAGUAAAUUUCGUGGUUCUCUGCUGGGCGCUUUAAUUGGCGAUUGCUUGGGCAGUUCUUAUGAAAAUGAAGAAAUAUUAACAACCGGCAUGAAACUAAUUUUACAACGAUCCUUCGAUAAAUUGGAGGGACCAAUGUUUAAAGCACCUGUCAUACAGUUUACCGAUGAUUCUGCAAUGACUUACUCCAUGGCAAAGUCUUUAAUCGACACAGGGGAAUUGGACAUUAUUGAUUUAGCGAAAAGAUUUGUCAAGAGUUACUAUCAGGAGCCUAAUCGUGGCUAUGGUCCUCUUGUUGUAACAGUAUUCCAAAAGUUACGUGGUAACAAAUUCAUGGACAUUUUAAGCCCAGCAAAGGAACAAUUCAAUGGUCAAGGUUCAUGGGGAAAUGGUGCAGCAAUGAGGGUUGCACCCAUUACAUUGUUCUGCUAUCAGAACUAUGAUAAACUUUUAGAUAUUGUUAGGAAAGCGAGUCAGUUAACUCAUACUCAUAAAGUUGGAGUAGAUGGUGCCAUUUUGCAGGCAGUAGCAGUGCAACAAAGCCUUUUAUUAAAUCCCAAUGAAGAAUUGAACGCUAUAAAUUUUAUUGAUGAUUUAAUCCAUAAAAUGAACCAAAUAGAGAUAGAUGAUGAUGGUUUAGGUCUGUCAGAACCACAACCCUAUAAAGUACAACUGAGUGUAAUGAAAAGUUUAAUAUUGGAAGAAGGUGAAGAAUCACAUGAAGAAAAAGUGGUUCAGAUAUUAGGAAAUAGUGUAUCAGCUUUAUAUUCAGUACCAACUGCCAUAUUUUGUUUCUUAAGAGCACAAAAACCAAUUACUGGCAUACAAACAGAAAAUCCGUUUAGAAGAGCAAUUCAAUAUGCUAUUAGUUUAGGUGGUGAUGCAGACACUAUUGGUAGCAUGACUGGUGCAAUUGCUGGUGCAUUCUAUGGGGAAGAAAAGAUUAACCCGAAUCUUCUGCAGCACUGUGAAGCUUCAGACGAAUUUAGGAAUCUAGCAGACCAAUUAUUCAAUGCAGCCACAGCGUAG